CCGACGGUAUGCAAGUGACAUUUUAUGCAGCUCUUCGCCCGACUUCCCCCUCCUGGCAUUAAACGUAUUCUGACGUGAAAGUCGCAAAAGCAGCGCUCUUUUCGACACGACCGGGUUGUAGCAAGCACAUCUGCAGUCAGUGUGUGGACUGGAGCUGUCAGCGAUCAGAAGCAUGGAGGCAACAGCGGACGAAUUCAUGAAAUACCGGUCUCCACUGGUGUCACGAUACGCCAGUAAGGAGAUGGCAUAUAACUUCAGCGACAGGAAGAAAUUCACCACAUGGAGAAAAUUAUGGAUCUACCUCGCAAAAGCCGAAAAGGCCCUGGGUCUGCCCAUCACAGAUGCGCAGGUGGCAGAGAUGGAGUGCCACGCAGACAAUAUCGACUUUGCCAUGGCAGCCGAGGAGGAGCGCAAACUGCGCCACGACGUGAUGGCGCACGUGCACACCUUCGCCCACUGCUGCCCGGCGGCAGCUCCCAUCAUCCACCUGGGGGCCACCUCCUGCUAUGUGGGGGACAACACGGACCUGAUUGUGCUGCGUGAUGGCUUUGACAUUCUCCUACCCAAGCUCGCUCGUGUGAUUGACAGACUGGCAAACUUUGCCGAGCAAUAUGCCGACCUGCCCACACUGGGCUUCACGCAUUACCAGCCAGCCCAGCUGACCACAGUGGGGAAACGAGCCUGCCUUUGGCUACAGGAUCUGACCAUGGACAUGCGGAACCUUCAGCGUGCCCGGGACGACCUACGCUUCCGGGGGGUAAAGGGGACCACUGGCACGCAGGCCAGCUUCCUGCAGCUUUUCCAGGGGGACCACGAUAAAGUUGAAGAACUUGAUAGAAUGGUGACAGAAAUGGCAGGAUUUAAAAAGGCGUAUCUGGUGACUGGACAGACCUAUAGUCGCAAGGUGGAUAUUGACUCCCUGGCAGUGCUGGCCAGUCUUGGAGCCACCGUCCAUAAGAUCUGCACUGACAUUCGGCUUCUGGCCAAUCUGAAGGAGAUUGAGGAGCCCUUUGAGAAAGAGCAGAUUGGGUCCAGCGCCAUGCCUUACAAGCGGAACCCCAUGCGGGCCGAACGCUGCUGCAGCCUGUCUCGCCACCUGGUGGCGCUGAUGACUGACCCGCUCCAGACUGCCUCGGUGCAGUGGCUGGAGAGAACGCUGGAUGACAGCGCCAACCGGCGAAUCUCCCUGGCAGAGUCCUUCCUCACUGCUGACAUCAUCCUCAGUACUUUGCAGAAUAUCACGGAGGGGCUGGUGGUCUACCCAAAGGUGAUUGAGAGGCACAUUCGCCAAGAGCUGCCCUUUAUGGCCACAGAGAACAUAAUCAUGGCCAUGGUCAAGGCUGGAGGAAACAGACAGGACUGCCAUGAGAAAAUCAGAGUGCUCUCCCAACAAGCAGCAGCUGUGGUCAAACAAGAGGGAGGUGACAACGAUCUCCUGGCACGAGUUCAGGCCGACCCCUACUUCGCCCCCAUCCUGGGUCAGCUGGAUGCCCUCCUAGACCCCAAAACCUUCAUAGGACGAGCUCCUCAGCAGGUGACAAGGUUUCUGGCCGAGGAGGUGCGCCCCCUGCUGCAGCCUUACAAGAACAACAUGGACGUCAAGAUUGAGCUGGAACUUUGAUAUAUUUGGAUGUACAUACACAUACAUACACAAUGGGAGAAGUACAACCAUACCAUCAUGCUGAUGCACACGUAUGCAGGGCACAUACAUUUAUACACGCAGAUGCACAUGUCUUGAGAGCGAGGGUCAUAAGGUUUUGAUUCACUUACUGUAAUGGGCAACUUCGAUCAUCAAGAUUAUGUGGUUACUUAUGCUUCUCGGUGGGCAACCGGUUUACACAAGAAGUAUUUUGUGAGCAAACUUCCUGUCUGACAGGAAGGAUACCAGCAGACCCUGCAGCCAUUGACAACUGCUGUUGCUCAUUCUUGAUCAAUUCAACAAAUAAAGCUUUCGUAUUAAGUGAGAUUUACAAGAGAGAAGUGUCUGGAACUACAAAGAAACGU